GCGAUCACUCAGUGUAGGUCGACGAGUAGGCGAACGUAUACGCGAUGUUCCCCCGAUUUUAAAUAGCUAUUAUAUUUUAUAUACUUUAUAAAUUCGUGUGCAGUAAAACAGAGGGACCCAAAGCUUAAUCGCAUCAAUCAACCGUAUUGACUUGACCGAAACAGUCGUAUCCUUAACGUUUUAUCAUGGGUAGAUUUUGGUGUACUACUUAUAGGGCAGAAUGGAAUAAUACAGAACCAAAACCAUGGCUGGUCUACGACCCAUGCGAUAUGGAGCUUUUCAACGUGAUCACCUUUGGAUUCGCACUUUAUGCAAAUAUGUUAAUAUUUAUAUACAUAAAAUGCAUUUCGACGAGUAAUCCGUCACCGAGACGACUGCUGUUCAGGGGCCACUCCGCCCGGUGCACCGUCAACACGAUCGCGUGUCUGGUCGAGUUCGCGCUGACCGUCGACUACGCGCUGAGCACGUGUGGUUCGCUGGUGCUGGCCACCGUCGGCCUGCUGGCCCAACUCAGCUCCGGGCUGGUGUGCUACAUGCUCGAGGUGGCAGGCCAGCCCGGCCCCAUGGGGUGCGGCGUGCUGGCGUGGCUGGUGUGUGGCCUGAGCCGGGCCCUGUUGUUCGUGUCGCUCGCCGACGCCGGUUUCGCGCUGGACACGCACGUCCGACCACCGGCGCUGGCCCUGUCGGCGGCCUGCUGUUACGCCACCGCAGCACUCCACCUGUAUGCCAUGAUUGGACGGUCGAGGAUAAACAAAACAGAUUUAGAUCUACAGUUUUUUACAUACAAACAUGAUUUAUGCAGCUGGUACUCUAGAAUAACGUUUUAUUGGUUGACCGGAUUUCUACGAAACUGUUACAAACAUUUAAUUCAAUUGGAAGACUUAGGACAAUUGCCAAAUCGUGAAAAAUCUACAACACAAUAUGGGAGACUUUACGAUAUUUAUCUUCAACAAAAGGAAAAAUAUGGCACGUCUACAAAAGUGUCCAUGUGGAAAUGUUAUUGUAAAGCGUACUGGAAAGAGUUUCUAGUGGGCGGAAUUCUAAAAAUGAUGGGUGACUUUGUAGGUUAUAUUGGUCCAUUAGGAGUAUCGGUAAUAGUUAAUUUUGUUGCAAAAGAACAAAAUGUUACUAAUUUGACAAAUGACGAAGCGGACAUUUCAUGUUGUGUUACAUUUUGGGAAUUUUUGAACAAUGGUUACGUAAUGGCUUUUAUAAUGUUAAUAAGUUGUAUUGCCCAGGGAAGUUUUUCACAAGCUAGUACUCAUAUUUUAAACGUUGAAGGCAUACGUCUUAAAUCUGGACUUCAAGCUAUGCUUUAUUGUAAAAUGUUAAAAUUACAACAAACUCAAGUAGAUUCAACCUCAGAAAAUGGACACAUCAUAAAUUUAUUGUCCGAAGAUACGACGAAUAUUAUGUCAAGCUUUUGGAUUGGACACUAUAUAUGGGCAAUUCCUUUAAAGAUAACCAUUUUGAUAUAUCUAUUGUAUCUGAAACUCGGAUGGAGUGCAAUUAUUGGAUCUGCUUGUUGUAUACUAAUUAUGAUACCUUUACAAUUUUUCAUCGGUAAAAAGAUGUCUAGUAACUCAAAAGAAAUAUCAAACUUAUCAGAUAAACGUCUGCAAUUAACAAAUGAGGUAUUACAAGGUAUUCGACUUGUAAAAUUGUGUGGAUGGGAGAAUGAGUUUAUUGAUCGCAUUACGGACGCUCGUAAUAAUGAGUUGGAUCUUUUAGAUAAAGACUCAAUUUAUUGGGGUUCAAUGACUUUUUUAACGCACGCAUCAUCGGUUUUAGUAUCGUUGUUUUGUUUAGGUCUAUAUUGCUUACAAAACGGAACGCAAUUAGACUCUGGUGCGAUAUUUUCAAGUCUUGCGUUGUCGAAUCAGUUGACAGUUCCUUUAUUUAUUUUCCCUAUAACAGUACCAAUUAUUAUUGCAGCCAUUGUGAGCACAAAAAGAAUCGAAGAAUUUAUGUCACUUCCAGAAAUUACACCCGAUAUAAAGCAUUUAAAAAAUCGCUUAAAUAAAAACAAUAAACACAAACAAACGACGAAUGUGUCGUGGACUAAAUCUGAUAUGAAUAUUUCAAAUAAUUUAAAAGAAAAUAAUAUUUCCGAAGAAAACGACAAUACUAAACAAGAUAUGGAAACAGAAAUUUGUGUUUCUAUAAAAGAUGCAACAUUUGCUUGGCCCAAUUCAAAAAUUCCGGUGCUGGCAGUUGACAAUUUAAAAAUUGAAGAAGGUAAACUAACAAUAAUCACUGGAAAAGUUGGAAGCGGAAAGACAUCGAUGUUACUUGCUUUACUCGGAGAAAUGAAUUGUUUAUUUGGAGAAAUAGAUUUCAAACGAGGAACAACAGUAGCAUACGUAUCACAACGGACGUGGUUGUUAAAUGCAUCGGUUUUAGAAAAUAUUGUCUUUGGAGACAAAUAUAAUAAGUCGAGAUUCAAAAGAGUAAUAGAUGCUUGUGCUUUGGGUCCAGAUAUUGAUAUAUUGCCGGAUAAAGAGAGGACAAUAAUUGGUGAUCGAGGAAUAGCGUUGAGUGGUGGUCAACAACAGCGAGUUGCGAUUGCUAGGGCUUUAUACUCAAAGGCCAAUAUUAUUUUGAUGGAUAAUCCUUUAUCUGCAUUAGAUAGCGAUGUUAGCCAGCAUGUGCUCUUCAACGGAAUAAAAAAAUCAACUUUAAAUCAAAUUAAAACAGUAAUCAUGACUACGAGCUUCGCUAGUGAUCUUUCAUUCGCUGAUACGAUAGUACUUGUGGAAGCUGGUAAAAUCGAAUUUUUUGGUAGUUUAGCUGAUCUUGAAACAAGAGGUGUUCAAAAUAUGAUGGUUAAAAUGGAGAACCAAGAUCAUGGUCGACGAACAGCAUCUGAACGCUGGAAGUUAUUCAAAUUAGUCAGUAGAAUAGGUCAUCAACUUUACCGAAAUUGGCCAACAAUUGAAUGCCAAAAAAAGUUAAAAAAGAAUUUUGGAGCUUUAUAUGGCUCUAGAUACCUUACCCAUGAUCUUUUACUUCCAACUGAUGAAUGCGGGGAUGGAGAUUCUAUAAUUGAAAGAAAUCAUUGGCAAACUUCAAAUAAAAAAAGAGAAAGAUCAGCUACCAUUGCAGAUAUACAAUUGCCAAGACGUAAACCAUUUGUUGACGAAGUAUUAGAGAAUCAACCAGCCACAAGUUUUCAUUCCAGUAUUAAAUAUCGAAACUAUCCACAAGAAAAACAAAUACAAAAAAGUUUAAGACGUCAUGUCUUGUCAUCAAUAAGGGUACCUUAUUCUUCCAAUCGAUUAAACAAAAUUACACAGCAUAGCAUCAAACGAAAAUUGAGACAAGAUGAUGAUUUAACUGAGGAAGCAAUUAUGCUGGAAAAAAAUCCUUCAAAUUUAUCUGAUAUAAGUGACAAUCAUACAUCAGACUUAAAAAGUGAACGAAGUCGAUUUGAAGAUGAAUUUGUCUAUAAAUCAGUUUCAUUGAGAACGUAUUUCAAGUAUAUAUCAUGGAGCGGAUGGACUACUUAUAUUUGUUAUAUAAUACUCACAAUUUCUUGGCAAACAUCAAGAGUUAUCAUUGAUUUUUGGCUAAGUUAUUGGUCAAACAUAGAUUUUCGUUCAGAAGCACGUCAAGCAUAUUGGGAUUUAGUUGUCUACAGUCUUUUAUGUAUGAUAUCUAUAGUUUUAUCAGCUUUAUCAAAUACAUUAGGCCAGUAUGGAGCAUUAAAAGCCAGGAAACUAGUUCAUCAUCGCAUGCUCAAUAAUAUAAUUCUAUGUCCACUGUCGUUUUUUGAUUCGACGCCGAUUGGUAGGAUAGAUAACUGUUUUUCCAAUGACUUGGUUAUUAUUGACAAGAAAAUUGGUACAUCUAUGCAACGCUUGGUACAUUUUGUUUUCUUGUGUUUGUGUGGAAUCAUCGUGAAUGCUAUCAUAACACCUUGGUUUUUAAUAAUCGUUGUACCCAUAUGUCUUGUUUAUUAUACAGUUCAAAAAUUUUACCGAUGUUCCUCCAGAGAUUUACAAAAAUUGGAAGGUAACUUAAGGUCACCCAUGAUAACUCACUGUAACGAAACAAUAUCUGGACUAGAUACAAUAAGAGCUUUUGGAAAACAAACUUGGUUUAUGUCCGAGAUGAUAAAUAGAAUUGAUAAUCACACGAAAGUAUUUUUGAUAAUUAGCUCAUCAAAUCGUUGGUUGGGUAUAGCAUUGGAUUACUUAGGUGGAGCUAUAGUCUUUGUAGCAACUAUGGUGGCUUUAAUAACAACUACGUUUUUUUCUUCCUCUAUUUCAUCAGCAAUGGUUGGACUAGCUAUUAAUUAUACUUUGCUGGUUCCUGUGUACUUAAAUUGGGUAGUCAAGUUUUUUGCGGACCUAGAAACGUACAUGAGCGCUGUAGAAAGAACCGAGGAAUUCGCAACUAUCCCAAUCGAAAAUUACAGAAACGAAAAUAUAAUUACAAGAGCUUGGCCAACUAAAGGGUGCAUAGUCUUAGAUAAGGUAUCAGUAAAGUAUAAUGAAAGUCAAGAACCAGUUAUUAGUAACGUGAGCUUAAAUAUUCCACCUGGACAAAAAGUUGGAAUUUGCGGUCGAACCGGCAGUGGUAAAUCAUCUUUAGUGAUGAGCAUUUUGAAUAUGGUUCCAAUUAGAGAUGGAUCAAUAAUGAUUGAUGGAGUUGAUAUCAAUAAUGUUCCUUUGCAAAGCUUGAGAUCCCGGAUUUCUGUAAUACCUCAGGAUGUCAAAAUGUUUGGUGGUACAAUAAGGCAAAAUUUAGAUUUAAAAAACGAAUACUCAGAUAACGAGAUUUGGAGUAGUUUAAGAAUGGCUCAAAUGGAAGAUACAAUCAAAUUACAAUUAGGAGGACUUGAAGGAAUAGUAAAUAAUUCUGGUGACAAUUUGAGCAGUGGACAAAAACAGUUAUUAUGUCUGGCAAGAGCUAUUUUGCAAGAUAAUGUUUGUCUUAUUAUGGACGAACCAACCAGUUCCGUAGACGAUGUAACAGAAAACAAAUUAUUAGAAGCAAUAAAAAAAUCAUUCAAUGGCCGAACAGUCAUUACAAUUGCUCAUAGAUUAUCGACAAUAGUAGACUAUGAUCGAGUACUUAUUCUGGAGGGAGGCAAGAUUGUCGAAGACACCACACCAUCAUGUAUCAAAUCUUUUCCGGAAUGUCUUUGAAUUAAUUAAUAUUAUUAAUAUUAUUUUGUAAAGAUGUACACUUGAUAACAAUGAUCAUUGUUAAUGUUGCAAAGGUCCACUUGUAACCUUACCAGGUAAUACAAAAUCAAACAUUCAAAAAAGUAUUUCUAGAUGUUAGCCGUUUGAUAUUAUAGAUGCAUAAUAUACGUAUUAUAAAAUAUGUAACAUAAUCGAAAAAACAAGUAUUUUAUAUAUUACACUUUUAUGUAUACAUAUAGUAUACUA